AUGGCUUCAGUGACCCUGCACGCCGUUACUCUCGAUGGAGGUGAUGAUAUACGAGAACGGGAUGUCACCUUCACUGCUACUAUGUAUCGUUGCAUCAUCGGCCGGUCCUCGAAAUCCGGGAACAGCCUGUUAAAAGCUAGCAAUGAUAAUUUUCGAUUUGAUAAUCGUGUUGUCUCUCGAAACCAUGCUGAAUUAGUUGUAGAUGCCAAGAGUAAAGAAAUCCAUAUUAAAGAUAUUUACUCUUUGCAUGGGACAUGGCUAAACGACAGCAAGUUGACAUCGAAGUCUGUGUUAGUCUCAAAUGGUGACACAAUUACCCUUGGAGCCACAGUCAACAGAGGAGAGGAAUCAUUCAAGCCGGUCAAGAUUCGUAUCGAAUAUACCUGGAAGAACCCUUCUCGGGUUAUACCCUCCUGUGAAUUACCAUCUACAAAUACUUAUACUGUUCCAGAAGAUGAGGAAGAUAGUGAGGUUGAAAGCGGAGACGAGUGUGGUGACAUUAUUGACGUCGAACACGAUCCAUUCCUUCCGUGGCAAGAGGCGCCGUCGAAGUUGAAUUUAGAUGGAGAAAUUAUAUCCAUCAAGUCAUCUUUAGGCCCAGUUGAGCCCGAGACAGAAAGUAUUUCCUCCCCGGCCGGUGACGAUGACGACUGUGAGGCUUUGCUUCCAGAUGACUUUAGCCUGGCAUUAGUUGGGAGUGCUAUCUACCCUACGCCUGAUGAAAGACCAACAGGUGCUUCACCAUUUAGCUAUCCUCAUUCAAUGGGCCACUCCGGAACUGAAAAACCCCAAGGGAUCGGCGCUCAGUUACAUACUCCAUUCCCGAGGAAUCACCAGACUGAAGUAACGGAAACAUCCAACACUCCUUGGUAUUCGCGUUUUACUAGCAAUGACUUCAUGGAAUGUCCUCCUCCAAAUCCAUACACGUACGAACUUAAGCCGGCACCCCCUAAUGCUAACGCGCCAGAUCAUUCUACAAUGACGAUGAAAGCCGUUGAAAAGCCAAUCACAGACCAGGUCGAACCUACUCUAUCGUUCCCAACCAGCACCAACACUUGCGGUACUAAACGUAAGUUAGGGAAUCUUUGUGAUACCAAGGAUCUAGACAGCCAGGAUCUCCCAGAUGCCCAGCCUCAAGAGACCUUCCCAGCCACCGAUACAGCCACGAAUAACGAAUUUAGUCCUCCACCAAAGCGAGCUAAAUCUUCAAAUCCUCAUCAGCCUUCUCGCAUUGCUGUUUAUGCUCGCUAUGCUGCCACGGCUAUUACUGGAGCCAUUGUUGGUGGAGUUGGUACUGUGGUUGCCCUUGCUUCUCUGCCACCAGGUUACUUUGAUUAA